AUGUGCUGGAUCGUGAUUGCCCGAGGUACUGGCCCCGCCAUCGCUAUCAACGGUCUUGCUGCCGUGGAUAUCCCUGUCCUGGAUUUUCGCGUCGGUCGCAGCGCAAAGUACCUCGGCAUUUCUCUGGGAAGCAAUGGUCCUGAUGAAUCCUGGCGCGGCCCCUGCCUGAGGUUGCUGGAGAGAGUUGCGCAUGUUAGAUCGCUCAAGAUUUCGAUGGCUCAGAAUAUCAGAGCUUACAAGCUGCUCGCCCAACCUGUGCCCUCCCAUGCUAGUCAAGUCUACUUCAUCAACGACCGUGUCGCUAUCGCCGAGCAUGCCGCGUUGCAAAAAUUAACAGCUGCUCCUCGGCACUCUAUUGCUACGGCCUUAUUAAUGAACCUUGAUCAGCUCGGCAUCGAUGCUGUUCCUCGAGAUAUUGCUAGUGAAAAUGAGGUUGCCCUUUAUCGCGCGGCGGUUCGGAGCUCAGUGUUCUCCCAUAUUUCUGUGAGGUUUCACCGCGUAGAGCGUUGCGACACGGACGUGCUGCUCGUGGCCAGAAUGUCUCAGUGGCGCCUGAAGUCUAUCGCCUUCACAUGGUUAGAAAAUUAUCGGAGGCUCACCGCCAUCGCACCCCGCCUGGCCGAUGAAGAUGUCACUGGUGUUCAGAAGAAAAUGUUCAAGAUCCUGCGGGGUCUCCUGUCCGCUUUCCUUGUGCACUAUUUAUUGUUCGCAGCGUACGCAUUGCGCACUCAGGACUGGGCGUUCAUGUUGCUCGCCACUGACGGCGUUUGGGAGUUUGUGACCCCGGCCGAGGCAGUGGCCAUGAUAGGCAGGUUCCCGCCGUCGGAGGCCCAGCAGGCCGUAGAGAGCCUGACCCAGGAGGCCUGGAAUCGCUGGAUCAAGGAGGAAGAGACUGUCGUCGACGACAUAACCCUCAUAUGCAUCUGGUUCAGUGAUAGGCCUUUCCCUUAA